AUGGCUGCAGGGAUAGGGCUACGUGAGACCAAGCUGAGCUCAGAGGAGUCCUUCAAGGCACUAUGGGACUCCGCUACAGACUACAUCCUCUUCGAGUGCUUGGACGACGCAGGCAAUGCCCAGGGGUUAGCGGUGGGGGCCGUGACCUCCAGGUACCAUGCUGAUGGCGACGGUGCCUUCAUCAAGCUGGACUAUGUUGCUGCGUCUGACGAGUAUUACGCCCACUGGAUUGUCGACGAGGGUGGAUCGGCCAAGUGGCAUCACGUCUGCCGCCGAAGCUGGUCCUCCUGUCGGCGUAAAGUCGGCCGAGACCAAAUCGUGCACAUCCAGAAGAUGGCCUGGAUCACUCUGGAGGAUGUAGAGGCGUGCUUGAGGCAGUGGAAGGUGAAGCGACUUGACAGGUCACUGCCGGGGGGACGACGCAAGCCUGUGACCCCGGUGGAUGAUGCAAAGGCCCCCAAAGAGGCCGACCUGCAGACUGCCUCGAAAGCCAAGGCUGCUAAGCCGCCUCGUGGGGAAGAACGCCGUGGUGAUGGCCGUGGUGACUCCGAGGACUCUCGGGGAGGCAGUGCUGAGCUGUCAGGAGCUGAGGAUGACGAUGUCGGGAGGUCCAAUGCCUCGAAGCCUCGAUCGGGCAGAAAGCACAGCAGGAGGAGGAGAUCGCAUCGAGACUCUCGCAGCCCUCGCAGGUGCCGGCCUGAGGAGGCGCGUGGGUCUGUUGGUGACCUUACCAGGGGGCAUCGCAAGAAGAAGUCUGACAAGAGCAGCCCGUUGGAUGCCAUCCUUGAGGACGAUGGCGCUGGGCCCUUCGAGGCAGACAGCCGUUUGGAGGUGCUGAGAAGGUCUCUUGAGGAGAAAAAGCAGAAGAAGCCAGAGGCAAAAGAAGGAGCCAGUGCCGUCCUGGCGCGUCGCGUUCAAGCUGGCGUAGAAGGUUCAAAGGAAAAAAGGAAGGAGUCUGAGCAGGAUAAAGUGAAGAGGGCUCUCAAGACACUGAGCAAGACCAAGGAGGAGGCGUCCUCCUCUUCACUUGAUGACAGUGAUGAUGAUGCUGCCGUCUUCGGUGUGGGCCGGGGUGACUCAGACCUCCUGAGCAGGCAGCGCAAGUUGAGGAAGCUUUCAAGCGAGAAGCCAGGGGCUCUCCUGGUGAAGGGUUUCUCGCUUAUGCACGAACAGCUGGGGACUCUCUAUGGGGAUCCAGCAACCUCGACGUCGAGUGAAGCAGUGCUGCAGCCUGGUGCUUUGCGGUACCUUCUCACAACCGCGCUCCCACUAGUUGACGUGAAGAAGGUGGGAGAGGAGAAGGUUCGAGAACUACGGACGCUGGCAUCAACACUGGAUUUGGUGGUGUCGGGGCGUGUUGGCAUGGCUGGUGACAUGCUGAUGCAAAGGUUCAAGAGUUUGCUCAUGGCCCUCAAGGACGGAUCCAGUGCAGCGUCGAGGUACUUGGAGUUGGUGCCGAUGGAACUGUACCCAACUGCUGCAACUCUUGAAGAAAGUGACUUUGCCCGUAGCCUUGCUGUGAAGAACGCCAAGAGUGAGGCUCUCCUGUCCCGUGUGAGGAGCACGGGCAAAGGAGACGGAGGAUCAAGUGAGACGCCCGGCACUGAGGAGCCCAACCAAAACCAGGGACAGAAGCAGAAGCCCCUUGAAGAGGUCAGUCAAGUUCGAGACACCGCUGGAGAAGGAGAUUCCUGCAGAGCCUGGGGGCACAAAGCCAGGUAUGAUGAGGAUGGCAGAUGCGAGACAGGCAGUUCCAAGGAAGGAGAACGAGACAAGGGCACAGUGGAAGAACAGGAUUUUCAACUUCAAGAGGAGCGAAGAGGCGAAGCAUGGAGUUGGAGGAAAAGGAGAUCGGAGAGGAAAGAGGAGCUGAGGACCCCUGUGAAGGCAGGGGGAAGUGAGGCAGGGACUGAGCCGGGUCAAGCGCUGGUGUUGGCCAGUGACGAACUAAUCCCUGGCCGAGACGUCCCUGUGAAGGCAGGGAAAAGUAGCUGUGUUGCUGGUGCCGAAGAGCCUAGCAUUUUGCACGGCGAGUUUUUUCCGGCAUCGUCUGCAAGGCCAGGCGAUCCUGCUUCGAGCGUCCAUCGUGUUGCCAUGACCCCCUUCAGACUGGUUUGUCAGAAAGUGGCCAAGCUCGAGAUCAGUGUUCUACAGUUAGUCAAGAAUCGUCAGCUGGAUUACUCGGGUGGAGAAGUCACAACCGCCCUGCCUCUCAGGUUGGAGGAGCUCCUGCCGGGUCUUCCAGAUGCGGGAGUUGCUGGCUCUCUUUGUGCAGUGCAGGCUGCAUCGGGAGGGAUAAGGGAAUGGGUUCUUCAGCCUGAAAUGACUUUGAAGCCCCGGGAGUUGUGGCCUUCUCAGAUACCUAGGGCUCGUAUCAAUGCUACGAGGUUGGAGUGGUACCGCAUCUGUGAGGUGUUGUUUCAGCGUGGGAUCAUAGAAACCAUCCCCUAUGACUCCAUCUUCAAGGUGGGAGGCACCCCCGUGCUAAAUGGGGCUUUUGCAGUGGAGAAGCGAGGGCGUGCUGGUGCUGGCCAGACACGUGUGACAAGGCUGAUCAUGAACUUUGUGCCCACUAAUGCGUAUCAGCGUCUUAUGCGUGGGGACCUUGACACGCUGGCUAGCUCGACGGCUUGGUGCCAACUUGUGUUAAAAAAAGAUGAGGUACUCUUGUGGUCAGGUGAUGAUCAGAAAGGCGCCUUUUACGCCUGGCAGCUCCCAGCAGCUUGGCGACCGUUUAUGGCCUUCCGUUGGCCUGUCCCAGGCCAUUAUGUGGGAUCUGGCCGCUCUAUGGAAUUUGUGGCCUCGCGGGUGAUUCCGAUGGGCUGGAUACAAGCUGUCAGUUUGUUCCAGCACCUUCAUCGCCAGUUGGGCAUGGCCCCUGUUCCUCAUGGUGCUGGCCAUGAGGAGGAGCUGGAGUGGAGGCGUGACAGGCCAGCUCCCCAGCGGUCGGAGGGACAAACCACGGAGUUUGUUCAAUUCUAUUUGGACGACUUUGAUUGCCCUGAGGUCUUGCCCAGUGUUGGCUGGGAAAAGUUGCAGGGAACCAUGGGACCAACUCAUGAAAAACAACGUGCGGCCUACGAGCGUUGGGGUGUUGGGAUUGCAACAGACAAGGCCCAUCUCAGGGAGCCCAAGGUUGUCAGGAUGGGAGCUGAGAUUGACGGAAAGCGUGGUACGGUGGCAGCACCGCGACAGAAGAAGUUGGAGGUUGCCUACUUUGCUUUGUGGGCACUAGGGCUCCACUGCCCCCCAGUCAAGGUGCUGUUGAUGGUCUUAGGUAGGCUAGUGCGUUGCUUUGAGUUCCGUAGGCCCUUGAUGACAAUCCUUGCUACGAUCUGGCCAAAGGGAUCAGUGGAUGUGCGAAGACCUUGGUCGAACAGCAGCAUUGCAGAGCUUUUGCGUGCGGUGGCAGUGCUUCCCUUGGCAGGAACAGAUCUUCGUGCUCAAGUUAGUAACAUGGUUACGUGUUCGGAUGCCUCGGAACUUGGGGGUGGCUUGUGCGCAUCGGGAGCACUGACUGAUGAAGGUGAAGGGGUGCUUGACUACCUUCAAAGUCCUUGGUACGUUAAGAAGCGCAUGGGUAGCUUUCAACCUCAGGGGGCUCUCCCGGUCAAUAACUGUCAGGGUCCAAGGGUCGUUGUUGUUUCCCUCUUCGAUGGAAUUUCUGCGCUCAUGUGCGGUCUUUGCAGGUUGGAAUGCCAGGUCAUUGCUUUCUGUUCGUCGGAGGUGGAUAAAGCUUGUAAGAGGUUUGUGAGGCAAAGAUGGCCUAGGGUUAUCGAACUUGGUGAUGUGGACAAGAUAACUGAAGAAGUUUUCACUACUCUGGCUGCCAGCGUUGGAGACGCAGUUGACCUUGUGCUUUGUGGUGGGGGAAGUCCCUGCCAAGAUCUCUCUUCCCUGUUGGCGGACAGGGCAGGUCUGGCAGGGCAUCGGAGCAAGUUGUUCUUUGUGAUGCCCAGAGUGUUUCAGAUGUUGGCGAAGGUCUUUCGAUGCCCAGUACGGAGGUUUGUGGAGAACGUUUUUUCGAUGACAUCACAAAACCGAGAUGAGUUCAGCAGACCACGGUUGUUCUGGGUUGACUGGGAAGUGCAGCCUGCUGAAGGAGAAAGCUUGUUAUCCCAUCCAGGUUACAAAGAAUGGAUCGUCGAGAUGGAGGAGAUGAAGACCGACUGGUGGGUUGAUGAGCGGUGCAAGAAAUCUUCGCCAGGGCCACUUCCAACUUUUACGCGAGCCCUGCCGCGCAAUAGCGCUCCCCGUGAACCUGCGGGGUAUGCAACGGCCUCUUCGGAUGCCAUCGCUCGGUGGAGGAAUGACAGACAUCGCUUCCAGGUCUAUCAGUAUGAAGCAAAGCAUAUGUUGGAAAGACCAGAUGGUUCGCUGCGGCUGCCUUCCCUUACUGAACGGGAAAAAGCCAUGGGUUUCCCUGUGGGGUAUGUCUCCACAGGGCUCAGCCCUAAGUUGACCUUGGAUGAGGCGUUUAAUCAGGGGGCCUGCAUGAUCGGCAACUCUUUCAGUGUCUAUGCCAUCACUUUGCUAUUUGAUGAACUGCUCCGGAGUGUGGAACCUAGCUAUGCCCCCAGGUUUGAACCUCAGAGUAAACCUGACUGUCGAUCUGGUAUGCUGGUUCAAGAGUUUCUGCGUCACGCGGAUAGGAAAGGCCUCUCCCUCAAUGAGAAAGUGCUAAGUCCAUUACUUCAUCAGCGCUAUGAGCAGGCUGCUAAGAGGAUCCUUUCCUUUUGGCGGGAAUCACGCCAGCCCCCAACAACUUGGGAGGAUUUUGACGUUGCAACGGGCCAGUGGUUAGAGCACAUCUUCUCUGAGGGGUAUCCCAAAGGUUACGGGUGUGAUGGACUGGCGGCUUUGCAACAUUUCCUACCUGAGCUUGCGGGAAAAUUGCGGCAUUCAUGGCGUUUGUUGAAAAGUUGGCAGAAGAUGGAACCGCCCAUUCGAGUGCUACCCAUUUCCCCACUGGUGGUGAUGGCCAUCAGUGGGGCUUGCGUGCAAAUGGGAAUGGUUGACAACGCUGCUGCUUUUCUUGUGGCUUUCGAUACGAUGCUGCGGCCAGGGGAGCUCUAUCGCCUUACAAAGGGUGACAUCACUUGGGCUGGGGGAAAAGCUGUCCUGACUGAGUUCAAUUUGGGCAAGGCCGCAGAGCCAAAUUCCUCGGUUUUCCGCCUCUUGCUCACUUCUAACAUCGCCCAGGAACGCGGCUGGUCAAGAGAUGCAACCAUCGAACCCAUCAUUUGUGGGCGGGAACUUUACCGAACCAAGUGGGAGUUGCUGACCAUUCUCAAGUUGGUGACCAUCCUCAAGGAUCCCAAAAGGAACUUGGCCCCAGAAAUCUUCCCACCCGAGUUCCAGCUUUGCCUCAUGUCGCAGUCCGGCUGCCUCUUCCGCAUGUCACUCUGGUGGCUGCUUGCCACAAGUGCAAGCACUUAUGAGCUGAUGGAGACGACGUGUCAAAUUGGGAAGAAGCAGAUUCACAAGGCUCAAAAUUGUGCAGAGAGGGUUGUGGACAUGGCUGAGAUGGGGGCAUCAUUUUCGGUGAAAGUGCGUGCUGACUCGCCGGAUGUUUUGGCCGCAGUGUUAGCCUCAGCCUCAGAGAUUGACGGCUAUCACGUGUCAAAGACAGAUCCGCUCAUGUUGGCAGCACGAGAAGGCCAUCACAAGUUUUCCGAGUCUCUGGCAAAGAGCAUUGAGCAGGGCAGAAUCCAAGGGUGGAAAGUUGGUGAAGGGAUCGGCAGGGCAGUUGGCGCGCUUGCUGGUGGAGCAACUUUGGGGUCACUGGGCUUUGUUGCUGGAGGCACAGUGGGAUUAGCUACUGGAGCGGCUGUGGGUGCUGCUGCAACCAUGCCGGUUGCCGCCGUAGCUUGCGCUCUGCUUCCGUUUCUUUGUCCAUACUUUGCUGCGGCUGCAGCUGUGGCAGCAAGUGCUGUUGCAGUGCAGGGAGCUGCCCUUGGAGCCGCGAUUGGCACAAAAGUAGGAGUUCCACUGGGCAUCCAAGUUGGGUCUGCGGUCGGCGGCUUGGCCGGAGGUGCCAUUGGACAGGAGAUUGGAGGAACGAUUUCUGCGUUGGGAGGUCUCCACAAUGGAGUUCUAUUCCAACUCGCCCCAGGCCUGAUGCUGGCAAUUGACUAUGCCGUCGGUUCUGAUGGGGCAAUGAAAGCACUCUCUUAUGAUGUGGUCUUUCAGAAGAUUACAAAUUGAGCUGGCACUGAUGAGGUCGAAGAUGUGACAGACCUGCUUGUCCACCAUGACAUGCGUGAGGAAGCUUCUGCCACUUCCAAUGCCAAUUUUGAUUUUAACCAUAUGUUUAGUCAAGAAUUGGCAGACACAGACAGAGCAAAAA